CUCUCGAAAUCGGAACACACGUUUCACAUUGAACGAGUGUUUUUCUCUCGGCCAAUCCGGGCUCUCACUUCUGAUUCUUCUGGCUGUGUGUGCUCCAGCUACUCCGCAUGAAGUGACUUGAGCGCGAAAAGAAAGGAGCGAGUUGGUGUUGCGGCCUUUGUAAACCCAAGAAGGACUUCGGCUUGAGAUCCCGAUGGGGCUGCUUCUGUGGCCCGCCUUGCUCUUAGGUGCAGCUGCCUACAUGAUAGACUACUGUCCCGAUCUUCCCUACCUCGGUCCAAUCAGAGAGGCGGAGCCCCCCGUGGUGAGGGUACUGAGCCAGGCGGACGAUGAUGGCACGGAGACCCUCUUCUGCCAGGCCAAGGGCUUCUACCCCAUGGACAUCGAUGUCACCUGGAGGAAGGACGGGGAGGUCAUGGAGCAUAAAACCUUCCACAGGGAUGUUGGCCCUAAUUUGGACGGGACCUACCACGCCUGGAUCAGCAUCCAGGUCGACCCCAAGGAUCGGGACCGCUACCGGUGCCACGUGGAGCAUGACAGCCUGCUGGAGCCCCUGGACAUGGCCUUGGAGGAGAGUGGUGCAUACUACUUGGGGUUCAUUAUCGUCGGCGUCACCAUCAUCCUGCUAGCAGCUGUGAGUGUUGGGAUCUCUUUGCACAGGAGCAACCAGGCCAUCUAACAGCCCCGAACGAGAUGAACUCUGGUCUAGUAGGACUCCUGAUGGAGAAGAGUUGAUCCCUCCAUGUUCUGAAUUCUACUCUGUCCUUCAGUGUGUUCCUUUGGGUGUCUCAGAUCCUUUCUGAUUGCAAAGAGCUUAGCUGGAUCUGAUUUGCUUCCUGGCAGGGCGGCAGCCCUAAGAGUAACAGCUUCUAGACAGAGCAAGAGAAGAUGGAGGAGGGUGUUAUGGUCCAUCAAAUAAGGGGUGGGGGGCAGGAAAUACUUGGGAAUCCUUCUGACUGCAGAGAGCUGAGAUGGACUCACAAUGGCUUUCUCCUGCUCUUCUUCCUUUUCUUCUUCCUUCUCAAGGCAAUUGCCACUUUUGACCUAAUCCUGGAAGAACAGGCCAACUUGGUCUAUAUCAUGGAAAUCUCGUUGGACAAAUGGGGAGGUGCAAACUUCUCCCAAAUGUUUCCUGAAAGACUUCCAGUGCAGCAGCAGGCAUGACUGAGGGAUGGGGACCAGGGCCAGCAGUGGUCCACGUGGAAUCCAUCUCUCCGGUCAGAUACCUUCUCCAACAAUCUUUUCAGUUUUGAGCGUCUGCACCUGGUCUUGAGAACCUGAGUCAGGACUGGGCCUUGUGGCAUUACACCCCACAAGUCAGUUCCCAAAUGUGUGUCUGCAGUUUGUAAGUCUGUGGUGAGUUUAGAAUGUUAGCCUGAGUGGGCGGAGUUAGAAUGUCUUGGGAGGGGGAGGAGUGAUAUAUAAGGGAAGGACUGAGGGGAUUGGGAGGGACUUUUAAGGUCCUCUUAGAGUCUUUAGUGCUCUCUGUGUUUAGAGUACUUAAGUUCUGGGAAAUUUGAGUUUCAGGGUAGAGAGUGGUGUCUUUGGAGUGUGGUGUGCACAUAGUUGAUGUAUAUUAAUCAAUACAGAUCAUAAAGAAAACUCAAGAGGGAUUGUGUGAGAGAAAGGAAAGCGCGUAUGUGAAUGAGUGAAAGGAUUGGAUGAAAGCUUUCAAAAAGGUUUUUAAAUGUUUUAUUUGAAACAAAGCUUGUGAACUUUUAAAAAUAAAUUUCAAUUAUUUUGUUUUUAACUACCACAAAAA